AAGUUAGAAAAUGCAAAGACUUGAAUACUAUAUUACUCAUAAGUGACAUGUGAUUCACCUAGAAAGUGAUAUUAAUAAUCUAUUAUAACUUAGACUUGUUUAAUUUGUCUUUUUUUAACCUAGUGCAGCUGGAGAUAUAUCUUGAGUGAUGUGUAUACUUAAAGUUAUUUUGCUUAUUGUUUUAUGAUGGAACUUAUUAGGGAAAUUGGAAGAGAGGGACUUCUUUCUUUGCGACACUAGCUUCUCAUUUUCCAAGGCAAUAGAGCAAGCAGCUCCGUUCUCUUUGCUGGAGCACUCCACAUCAUUCGCAAGUGACUUAUGGUUCAACAAGUUGCCUAUUAACUCAUGGCUGAAUGCAUUCACUGCGCACAUGCAUAUAGGUGAGACUAUUAAUAAAGUGCCUGGAUCAAUUAUGAAGGAAUUGACUCAAUUCGAACCAAAGUACUACAAGAAAUUUGGCUUUGGGUUCAUAACAAGUACAGACAAGAGACUAUCACACCAAAUAUUAGAGAAGGUGAAGGCAAGCUAUGAGAACAGUCUUAUUGUUGAACUUGAUAUUGCAUCUCGGAAGAAAUUCAUUCAUAUAGAAAGAAAACUUGCACGACUCUGGGAAUGUCUAUUUCGGGACAAGAUUCAAGAGAUAACGAAAGAAAUAAGAGAGAUAGUUCAAGAUUCAAUGCAGGAAGAAGACGUUGUGCCCAGUAAUAGUUAUGAUGAGAUUGUUUUGACUAGACACAACGCUUCCAUGCUAACUUAUGACCUUAAUAAAACACCAGAAGAUAAUGAGGUCUUUUGAUUCAUGAUAGUUUGAUAUUUUGACUUGGUUUUUAAAGAACAAUUGUUUGGGCUGUAAUUUAAUAUUGUUGGAUACUUUUGAGUUCUGACAGACCUCCAUUGAUGGUAUCUAUUCGGGUCAAAUGGCACUGGUCCCUCCUAAUAUGCCAUUAACCAAGUCCAAUUAGAGUUUAAGACUGUGUUUCAUGUUUUGCCUAUAUAUUUUGGUACAUAAGGUGGUUGUUGGAGACCUAACAUUCUCUCAUUAGGCUAUGCAUGGAGUUUUUCUUUAUGGCUACACUUGAAAU